AUGGUUAGAAAGAAGAUUGAUAACAGGAUUAGAACAUUGAUUGAGAAUGCAGUUGCAACAAACCAUCGUUCAUUCUUUGUGAUCGUUGGUGACAAUGGCAAGGACCAAGUACCCAACCUCCACUACAUCCUUGCCAAGUCUGUUGUCAAAGCACGUCCAACAGUACUAUGGUGUUACAAGAAAGAGCUAAGCUUCUCAAAAUACAAACAAAAGAAGAUAAAGAUGAAGGAGAGAAUGAAGGCUAAUGGAACAGCUACGACGAAUGGUGAGGACCCAUUCGAUGUGUUUAUCUCGACGACGAAUAUUAGAUAUACUUAUUACUCCGAGACUCAUAAGAUCUUGGGUAACACCUUUGGCAUGGUGGUGUUGCAGGACUUUGAAGCGAUCACUCCCAACUUGUUGGCGCGAACAAUCGAGACGGUCGAGGGUGGUGGCAUGGUCAUCCUGUUGCUGCGCACAAUGACCUCGCUCAAACAGCUCUAUACGAUGGCCAUGGACGUGCACAGCCGCUUCCGCGACGACGACGAGAAGAACGACGUCGUGUGCCGCUUCAACGAGCGUUUCUUGUUGUCACUCGGCAAGUGCAGCCAAUGUCUGGUAAUGGACGACGAGCUCAACAUCCUGCCAAUCUCCACAGCAUCACGCACGAUCGUGCCGAUCACCGCGGCGUCAGAGGCCCCCGGCGCAGCCGAGCUGCGCGAGUUCAAGGAGUCUGUUCGCGACACAGAGGUGGCUGGCGAGCUCAUCGAGGCGACUCGCUCACUCGACCAGGCCAAGGCCGUGCUCACAUUCAUCGACGCCGUCUCAGAGAAGACACUUCGCUCGACCGUCACACUGACGGCCGGUCGUGGUCGUGGCAAGUCCGCCGCACUCGGUCUGGCCAUCGCCGGUGCCGUGGCUUUUGGCUACUCCAACAUCUUUGUCUCUUCACCAGCACCAGAGAACUUGGUCACCCUGUUUGAGUUUGUGUUCAAAGGCUUCGACGCACUUGGCUACCAAGAGCACGUGGACUACGAGCUGGUCAAGUCGACGAACCCCGAAUUCCACGACGCCAUUGUGCGUGUCAACAUCUUCCGCGCUCAUCGCCAGACCAUCCAAUACAUCCAGCCAUCCGAUCACCAGAAGCUGGGCCAGGCCGAGCUGGUCGUCAUUGAUGAGGCUGCCGCCAUUCCUCUGCCAUACGUGCGCUCGCUCCUGGGUCCAUACCUCGUGUUCAUGUCGUCCACGAUCAAUGGUUACGAGGGCACUGGUCGCUCGCUGUCGCUCAAACUCAUCCGCCAGCUGCGUGAGCAGUCGGGCACUACCAGCGGACCCGCCGCCGCCACCAACACUGGCCGUGUGCUGCGUGAGAUCCAACUGUUGCAGCCCAUUCGUUACGCAGCUAAUGAUCCAGUCGAGUCGUGGCUCAACACACUGCUGUGUCUCGACGCUACUGUGGCCCCGCCCGCCACAUCUGGAGGCUGCCCACAUCCCUCCACAUGCCAGCUCUACUACGUCAACAGGGACACAUUGUUCUCAUUCCACAAGGCGUCCGAAGCAUUCCUGCAGAGCCUGGUGGCACUCUUUGUCGCAAGCCACUACAAGAACUCACCAAAUGACUUGUUGCUAAUGUCCGACUCGCCAGACCACCACCUGUACGUCUUGCUCGGUCCAAUGAACGAGGAGACGGGCGGUCUGCCCGAGAUUCUUUGCGCGAUCCAGGUCAGUCUCGAGGGUGAGAUUGCCAAGGAGGCCAUCCUCAACAGCAUCAAGAAGGGAUACCAAUCAUCUGGCGACCUCAUCCCAUGGACACUCACACAGCACUUCCAGGACGAGGACUUCCCACGACUCUCUGGCGCCCGCGUAGUUCGCAUCGCCACUCACCCAGACUACCAAAAGAUGGGCUACGGCUCAAAGGCACUCGACAUCCUCACACAAUACUAUCAAGGCGAGAUCACCUCACUCGAUGACAACGACAAUGACAACGACUCAGAGGACGACCAAUCAAACAAACAACAACAGGACAACGAGGCGAUGGAGGGUGGCGACUUGCAAUCAGAGGUCAUCAGACCAAAGAAGAACCUGCCGCCACUGUUGUACAAGUUGACAGAGCGCAAGCCAGAGAACCUGCACUACAUGGGUGUGUCAUACGGUGUGACCGCCCAGCUGUAUCAGUUCUGGUCCAAGUCAAAGUACCUCCCCGUGUACCUGCGCCUCUCAUCAAACGAGAUCACUGGCGAGCACACAUGCAUUAUGUUGCGCGAGCUCAAGAACUCACACAACGCGACCGUGGCCUCGGCAGGCUGGCUCGAGUCCUUCUACCAGGAUUUCCGCAAACGCUUUGGCAACCUGCUCGGCUACGACUUCCGCUCAUUCUCGUCGUCUCUGGCACUCAACAUCAUGCAGGACGUUUUCGCCGCGUCACAGGCGGCCGAAGUCUCACUAAGCAGCGCCGAGCUGGACCUGAUGUUCUCGAGCUACGACCUCAAGCGUCUAGAGUCUCCCGCCGUACUGCUGGCCAUGUCGCUGCAGCACAAGACCGUCGACCAGCUCCACUCCGAGCUGCAGCUGCAGAACAACCAGAUCAUCUCGCUCUUCUCACAGACGAUGCGAAAGGUGUACCAGGCACUGCGCGCCGUCAAGCAGAAGGGUCUGGACGAGUCGCUGCCCAAGCCCAAGAUCGCCGCACCACGCAGUGGUCUGUUGUCAUCGUUCAAGGGUGACCUGGACGACAGCUCGAUGAUCCCACUGGCACAAGACAUGGAGUCAGAGCUGGAGCUUGGCGCCGAGGAUGUCAAGAAGAAGAUGCAGGCCAAGUGGAUGGAGGACGACAAGGAGUUGGCACAAUACGCGAUACAGGGUGACGACGAGGAGUGGGACAAGACCUUAAAGUCAGGCAAGAUCCCAACAUCAGUGAGCAUCAAGACAGUCAAAAGAAAGUUGGACGACGAUGAAGAUGAGGAGGAGGACGACAAGAAAAAGAAGAACAACAAGAGCGGAAACAACAACAAGACUGUAAAGAGAUCUUCCACUGGAGGACCUGGCAGAGGUGGUGCAUCUUUCCGUGGUGGCAAGCCCAAGUCAAAUGCUGGAGGAGGUGGAAAGACAAGGAAAUAA